GAAAUACAAUGAUUUUCAACCGAAGUGACGAAGCAAUGACGUAAUGGGCCCCGAUGACGUAACAAGAUACGCCAUCCAUGUGAAAAAUUCAAGAGCAGAUUGUUGACAAAUGGCACAGAAAAAAUACACCACUGAAAGUCCGACGAUUGUUAAUUGAGAAUCGUGGGUUUGAUUUGAAUGUGAAGAGUGGAAAUCAAGUAAUAUAUUACAAAGGCUGUGUAACAUGUGACUUACGUAAAGGCGAGGAAAGAGUGAGGUGUUAUGGCAGCAUUUUCUUCCAAAUCAUAAUGAAUUGAAGGCCAAUUUCUCGUUAAUGUUUUGCAGAGUCAGUGCUCAAGGUCUCAAGAUGUGGAGAUAAGAUUCACUAGCAGUAUCUACGGGUUUCUGCUGUUGAAUAAGCUUAUGUGUUGCGAGUAAAGUCUAUUAUACUUGUCGGAUGAAGAUGACAUAAAUCUUAGGAGAAAUGGAUCCUCACAAGAUACAGCGGCUUAUCUAUAUUAUUGGAUUUUUGGAUCUUCUAGGAGUGAGCUUAAUUCUGCCACUGAUUCUACCUAUGAUUAAGAACUUGGUUGAGUCUCACCUGGCCGCAGGUUGCAUCACUUCCCUCUAUGGGGGGAUCCAGUUAUUUUCAAGCCCAGCUGUGGGUCGAUGGAGUGAUGGAUGGGGGAGGCGGCCGGUCAUGCUGGUGUGCUUGAUUGCAACAGCUAUCAGUUAUGUAAUUCUUGGAGCUUCUCAGUCUCUUCUGGUUAUCAUCAGUGGAAGAAUUAUGGCAGGAAUAUUCAAGCACAGCCAAACAGUGUGCAGAGCUCUGCUGGCUGAUGUGACACCACCAGAGGACAGAUCAAGAGUUUUCGGUAUUUUUAAUGCUGCAUCUAGCAUGGGGUUCAUUGUUGGGCCCAUGCUUGGAGGUCACCUCUCAGAGCUUGAGAAUGGAUUUACCCUAGUCUGCAAUAUUGGUGCAUUGUUCUUUAUCCUGGACUUUGCAUUGUGUUGGUUGUUUGUCCCGAAUAUUGAGUCAGCUCACUCACGGUCAUCUAAGAGUAUAUCAGAAGGUGAAACAGUCCUCCAAGCAUUCUCAUUUAUGAAAGACAUCGACUGGAAAGUGUUUGGAGAUAUUUUCCUCGUGCGGUUUUUCCUCAGCUUCUCAUCCUUGGUGUACAGAUCAAACUUUUCCCUUUUGAUUGAUCAGAAUUUUGGUGCUAGUCCGAAGGUUAUAGGCUACCUUAUAUCUUUCCAGGGUAUCAUCAGUGCUGUAGCUGGAUUCUUUACAGGCAAGGUGUCCAAAAUCUACCAGGACUCUCAGCGGGAACUUUUCCACAGCUCGGUUCUUCUUACGCUAGCCCUGCUGGGGUUGACUUUAGCACCAUCUUUAACAUUACUGCUAGCGUGCCUCAUACCUCUGUGUGUUAGCUCUGCUGUGAUAAGAGUCAGCAGCUCAGCCAUCACCAUAGGGCGAUGUGAGCCUGACAAGGUGGGAUCAGUGACUGGUUUUGGACAGAGCAUAGCUUCAGUAGCACGUAUGAUCACCCCCUUGAUAGCAGGUCUUACUCAAGAGAUAAGCAUAUAUGGUCCAGGAAUGACAGGCACUCUUUCUGCUGGAGUCGGGGCAGCACUUGCAGGAAUCAUUUCAUAUCGGCAGAAGUCCAAAGUGGAGUAGCUGGCUGUGUAUUGGAAGCAGUUGUUAUUUUUUUUAUUAUAAUAUUUUAACGUUGUGUGUGGGAAAUGUAUUUGUAUGUGGAUGGGAAGCCAUUAUCCUUUGUACAUUAGUACAGGACACAAUCCAGAUAUUAUUAUUAAUAUUUAUGGGUUAAACUUGUGGAUGGUAUGGAACAGCAAAAUGAAGAGAUGCUCAAAUAGUUAUGGGUUUGUUGACAAAAAAUUAUAUUAAAAUUUUUAAAGUUUAUAAUUCGUUACCUCCUUUUUACUGAUUGUGUAAAUUUAGAAGUGUUUUUUCUUUUCAAUAUUAUUAUUUACAAAAUUAUAUGCAUUUUUUUCAGACUGGUUAUACAUUAUAAAAUUCCAAGGUGGGUGAAAAAUCACUUAAGUAUGGGUCUGGUCUGUCUAUUGAAUGAAUAUGUUUAUCUAAUCAAAGUUCCAUAAUCGGCAGCUGAGAAGGCUCGCUUAGAUGAGAGCUGUUGCCUGUACACCUCAUUUCUAUGCCAAGCCUUAAGGUUACUCAACUUUUACAGUCCAGGAACAUUACAGAACAAGAAUUGUGUUCCAUUCAGUGGAAGACACACAUCAUUGUAUUAACUCAGGUAAAUGUUUUAUUACUCUUAGUUUUAGAAGUUUUAAAUAUUGUUGUAUUUAAACAAUAGAUCAAUUUAUCUGGCAUACUUAAAUUCUAAUGUCAAGUUUUACUGCCUGUGGCAUAUUGCUUUGAGGCUGAAUGCACAGUUUUACACAUAUAUUUCAUUUGAUAAUUUUUGGGCAUUAAAUAAUUAAAUGGUUACACCAAGUGUAGACUGCAUUUGUAUAUGAUGUGCUUAUGUAUUUAUACUGAAAAAUGGGAAAUUGAAGUAAAAGAUGACUUUCUUUCGUAGAUUCUGUUAAAUAACUUACGUGUGUAACUACUAUUUUCUAGUCAUUGAGCAAGCUUUUUGUAAUACAGAGAUAGUCCCAUAGUUUUUCAUCAAUUGAAAAAAAUAAUAAAUUGAUUAAUGAAAUUUUCAGUUUACCAAUAGCAAGCAAACAUAGUCUGGCAUGUUUACUCUUGUGUCAGAUCUAGAAUGGCAAAAAAGUGUUUCAAAAUCUGUAAAAAUGAGUCUUAUGAACUUUUGGGUUGCAAUUUCUCUUCAAUUGGAUCAGAUUUAGAGAAAAAGGUCACCAAUCUUUUUUUCCUGCAAACCCCCUUUUUAAAGGAGGGAUGGUGAAAACAUAAUAGAAAUAUAUGUAGUCACCAUGCAAGUCAGAAGAGAUGUUACUAUUGUUCAUGUGUCAUUUUCUAUUUGUAUUAAAUAUUGUCAGUCAGUCAUACCACAUGACUUUUUUUUUUCUGCACUUGGGUAUUAAUGCUGUGUUCAGAACUGCUUUUCUUGCGCAGCCAGAGCCGGCAGGACAAUGAGGCCAUGUCAAAACCCACCUGAGGCCUUCUUUACCCACAAUGUAGCCAGCUUUAAAGUAAACAUUUACUCUUAUUAUACUAGCAUCUUGUUUUACUAGAUAUGUUUUGUAACUACUAUGAUGCACAGUUAACUUAUCUACAACUGACAAAACAAAAAUAAUCUUUAAUUACAGUAAAGGUCUGUAAAAUUACUCACUAAUAUCUUGUGAUUGCCAGCAACUAUAAUUGUUUCUAUAUAAAUGCUAUUGUGAUUUCAUCUUGUCCUGCUCACCCAGCUACAAAGGUGUGUGGAGAUGGAAAGUUUUAAACUGUAAAAACAUCUUGUCCAACUUUUUUGAUUAUAUAUUUAUUGAAAAAUUUCUGCUAUAUCAUCUUUGGUGGCUUAUACAAAAUAUAGCAAUAGGGGUAGGCUUGGGGGCAAAGCCCCCCUGGUAAGAAAAGUUCAUACAGCAUUAUGACUAAGUAUGGUGGGAAAAAGGUUAUAAACGAGAUAACAAUCAGCACAAAUGUUAGAUGUAUGUCAAAGGUUGUAGAGUGCUGUAAGUUAGUAUGGUAGUGAAAAGGGUAAAAAAAAAAAAGGAAAUAGCAAACAGAAUAUGACUUUGGCCAAUUCAAGACCAACACAAAGCCAGCCUUUCAUCCUUUCAGUGGCUCUCACACUUUAGGAUAUGGACAGAAGGGGAUGAAGAGAAUGAAAAAGAAAGGUGGAGAAGAAAAGAGACAUGCAAAAUUAUUUGAGACGAGAGCUUAGGUUCAAGGCAGGGGUGAGCCCCAAUUCCCUUCUCCAAACAGCCACCCUCACCCACAACAACAAUGGGCAUGUUUUUUGUUUUAAUGAAGAGUUCUGAAUGCUGCUUAAGGUAUUAAAAUUGACUACUCACAGUAUUAGUAAGACAUUCUUGUCUUAAAAUAUAUAAAGUAAAUUUAUUUAAAUCCACCUUUUAUCAUUUGAAUAGUAAGAGCUUUGCUGGUACUUUUUUAUGGAUGAUUAGUAUUACAAGAAGCUUCAGGUGACAAAGGGUUGUGAGGGCAUUGCAAAUUACCAAAGUUACUUGUUUUUAAGCACAAGAGAAUUGGAUAAUCACAGCCUUCUGUGGAGGGCAGGAUAGUACAUUAUCAAUGCAGGGAUCUUAAAAGUUCAGAAGAGUAAAAACCAAAGGAGGAACAACAAAUGUCAAACCAUUGUAUUUUUUUUUUUUUUUUUUUUUUUUACUUUGUAAGAUGUGGCAAACAAAUAAUGAAAAUGUGAUCAGCACCAUGACAAAGUUUACUCCUCUGUUAGUUAUCUAUUCCAUUUAACACCAGAGCUGAAAAUAGUGUUUUCUGUGGGACAAAUAAGGUAUCUUACCAAAGAAUCAAGGUCACUUCCUUUCCUUAUUCCUUUUAAGGUAUAAACAAUUGAUAGGAAGUAAUUAUCACAUUUCAGAUAAUUUACUUGUAGACUAGAAUGAAUGUCUUUAAUGAUUAUAUAAAUAAGGAAAUUAUACAAUAUAUUCUGCAUUGUAAAUAUAAGAUUAUUUGUAUCUGUUCUUCAUAUGUACUUUUGAAAAUAAGAUGUAACCAAUAAAUUUGCCACAAUGCAAGAAAAAUCAUGAGAAUCUGAAUUUACAGCACAGAAAAAUUGCUCACCUGGGAUUGUUUCGCAUGUGUAUUAGAACGUAUUUAUUACUUUUUCUGUUAUAAGUUAUGAUUUUACAAUGGUGCUAGCAGUAACUUUUUUUAUUUUUUAGGUUAUUGUAAUGAUUCAUCUGGUGCUUUUAAAUUAAUAUAAAGGUUCAUGAUUGGGAAUUACAAAGCUAAACACCCUGUCACAAUUAGCUUAUGAUAAAUAAUCAGCCAAGACUGCCAACAUGAAAAUGUACUAGGAUAUGUUACUAUCACAGAGGCAAAGAAAAAGUAUGUUAUUGACUUCUACUGCUUUGUAGUUUACACUUACAUGUGAUAAAUAAAGUGAAGGGAGACUUGUAGGUUAAUUUUUUUUUACAUGUUGUAAGUAAUGCAUACUCAUUCUGAUUUUUUAUUAUAAUGAUUUUCUGCAAUGUGAAAUAAUGAAUAUGCAUUCAUUCUAACAAUCAAAGAAUGCUGAAAAGUACCAUGAGGAUGAUCACAAUGGUUAAUCCAUAUUUUUAUGUAAUAUGACAGAUUUAUAUAGAGAAAAAUAAAACAUUUUAUUAC